ACGGCGGAGCUCGGUUGCAAUUUGUAAAUACGCGGCGCGUCAUGCGCCCUCUCAAGGACAGCGCCCCCGAUGGAUGAGGCAGUCUACCACUCAGCGCCGUCCAGGGUGGUGAGUAGAACAGUUCAUCGCGAGUUGCAGGAAGCAUUUGGAACACAGGCCGGCCGCGAGAGCCAAACAGAAGAUGAGACUGUCUCCCCUCCUAGUGAUAGUUGCCGCAACGCUCGGCGGGGCGUGGGCUGGCGCAUGUGACGAGCAGCAGCACGGUCGACUUCCACCUCUGCUGGUCACCACUGCCGAGACGCCCACUGUUUACGCCUGGCCUGAGCAGAAGGCCGAGCUCCACUGCCGGCCGUCCCAGGCCGGCGGCUGUCGGUGGCUGAAGGGCUCCAGAGAGCUGGGCACAGAGUGUCGUCUGAGCACUACCGAGCGGGGCACGAUACGCUGUGUCCGCGGAGAGGAGACGUGCGGCACCGUCACGCUGAAGAACCCGAACAAUCAGGCGGUCGAACACACCCACAAAUCCUACCAUCAACGCAAUAGUUACCACUACAGACGCAGCCAUCAAUAUUGGGACUACAAAGGCGAGACUAGAUGGAGCCGCAAGUCCUCGACUUUUCUAUGUUCCCGGUCGGGCACCAUCAUUCCCAAAAGCAAGGUGUGUGAUGGUAUCAGAAAAUGCAGCAAAGGUGAAGACGAAUGGCACUGCUCGCCGUCCUGCGGGCCGCCAUUUUUGAGGGAGCACAACGAGCUCUCCUAUACCAUGGAGGAGUACCCGGACGGCUGGUCCAGCACCUACGUCUGCGAGAGCGGCUUCAGUCUGGCCGAGUCUCUGAGCGGGCUACGGAGGACGUGCCGCGCCGGCCGGUGGGAAGGGGACGCGCCCGUCUGCCGACGCAAUGUCGCCCUGGGACAGCCCAUCACCGUUACUGGUCUGCCGAUGGCAGACUGCAAAGUUGCUGUGGAUGGCUCGCUAGACACCUGGUGCAUGCUGGCACCCAGCAACGGCCCCAAGGUCCUGGCUGUCCGCCUGGAGGCCAACGCGACUGUAGACAGGGUGCUAGUGCGCGCGCUGGGUACACGCUACACCGUAGCGUUGCGGCCAGUGAACCAGACCAAUAACGAAGUCGGCUGUCCGUGUCAGGAGCUGAGUAGCGACAAAAUAACGCCAUCAGUAUCUGGAGUGAGAGUCUGCGUCUGCCCCGAGCAAGCGUCGACCGUCGGGCAGCUCGAGGUGCGGGUGUCGGCCGAGACAGGCGCCUUUCUGACCCUCUCAGUGGCAGAAGUCGUGGCGCUAGAGAGGUCCGAUGAUGAUAACGGGGACGCGUGUGCACUCCUUGGUCAACCAGCGCACAGAAGGUACGAGCCGGCACAGACGGGCACUGUCAAACUCUCGUGCGACCCAGGCUACACCCCGUCCUGUUCCGACCCUGUCCGGUGCUCCGACCUACAGAGUGGCACCACCCGCCUGAGCUGCGUGGCCGCAAAAUGCUCGUCCCCGCCCGCCAUCCCCAACACCAAGACCGGCCCGAAGAACGGCACCGGCUGGCGCUCUGUGGUCGAGUACAGCUGCGCCGCCGGCUACGCCCUGUACCCGUCGGAACAGAACACUACAUCGACUUGCGACUCGGACAGCCUCUGGUCGCUCGGACACAUCUCCUGUGUCUCCGAGACCGAUAUCCGCGUGAUUGCCAUGCGGCUGGGCGAGCAGCACGAGCGCAGUAUGGCCACGCUGCGUGCGGAGCUGGAGACCCCGCUGAUGAACCUGUUAGCUGACCAGAAUAGCACCCAGCAGCGGCUGAGCAAGCUGGAGCUCAGCAUGGCCGCACGGCGUGCAGAGCUGGAGACCCUGCUGACGGGCCAGCGCCAGCUGCUGGCUGACCAGAACAGCACCCAGCAGCGGCUGAACAAGCUGGAGCGCGAGGUGGCGCGGCUGGGACUGGCCGCCGGAGCGUACCUGCCCGCUCAGGAGAGAGAUCCGACGGAGGACGCCACCGAGCCCGCACCCGAGGAGGAGGGUGUGACACAGACUUCAGAGACAGCCACAGACCGCACUGUGACACAGGUUCCGGAGGCAGCCUCAGACCGCACUGUGACACAGACUUCAGAGACAGCCACAGACCGCACUGUGACACAGAUUCCGGAGGCAGCCACAGACCGCACUGUGGCCACCAGGCCCGAGCAACAGCCGGCCGGAGCCGCGGACUCCGAGGAGCUGGAAGAGAGGACAGCUGAGACCACCCCGCCGUCAGACGUGGAGCUGAUUCCUUGGAUUUACUGAUCCAUCCACAGCACUCGCAUCCUUCUCUGAACCGUGAAUUGUGCCGCGCUGGACGGUCACCAUAUCCGACCUGAGAGGUAACCGGCGCGCUUGCCAGUGGUCUGUGGUUUAUGUGCGGGAACUUAAAUACCGCCGUCACUAGCCGCCUGCCACGCACAGGACGGAGGUAACCCUAUACUGCUGACUUUCAUUAACCUUCAUCGGGAGUACUGGGAUACAAUUGUGAGCUUGUAUCGUGCCCAGAGGCGUCUUCCAGGGAUAGUUUCCGGGAGGCAUGCUUUCGCGAAAUACCGGAUCGCCGACAUUCGCCGCUUCGCCAAUUACUUUGUUUGCAUCGGCAGUGUUGUGGCUGGAUUGGCUGUGCCGCACAAAUAUAAUCUAUUGUCGUA